AUGGCUAAUAUACAUACAUUACAAAAUAUUAAAGGCCAUCGACUUGGUAGUAUACGCGAAGAAGAGCUAGAAAAAAAAAUACACGAUGCUAUCAAAUCCAAAGCCGAAAUUAAUAAGCUUAGUGAGAAAUUGCAGGAUAAAUACAUAAAGCAAAUGAAAGCGUUUGAUCAGGAAAGAAAAAGGUGGAAUCGGGAUUCGUUACAAAAUAAUACCGAGAUCCAAAAGUUACGCUCCCAUGCUUUGCAGGUUAUUAAUGAGCAUAAGCAACUAGAAAAUGAAAAUACCAAUCUUAUUUCUCAUAAUGCACAAAAGGAUAUUUUUAUUGCUGAAUUCAAGGCUGGGAAUGUUACAAAAUCCAAGAAAAUUAAAUCACUCGAGUCUAUGAUCAAGAUAUUGGAAAGUAAGUUGUCUUCAGCCCAGAAAGAUGUGAUUUCGAUUCAAGAGGACUCAUCAGAAAAAGAAACUAAUAUUUUAUCUCUCAAAUCCAAAAUAGCGGAAUUAGAAAGUAUAAAGGGUGAUUUGGAAUCGAAGGUGAAUGAGCUUGAAUACCUGAAAUCGGAGGCUAUAUCGAAACCCAUCAUUGGUGGAGAUGACGAAAAAAAUAUGACUAAGUCUAAGGAUAUAUCUGCAGUUAGUAAACCUAGCAAAAGUCUUAGACAAUAUUUUAUAUCUGGAAAAAGUAUGGAUCAAGCUGAAAAAAUUGACAAUGGUAUUUCAAUACAAACUAGUACCUUUGAUACUUGCUCCGCUAAUGAUGAGAAUACCGAACCAUCAAGAAUCGAUACUGAGAUUAGCCCAAAGAUAAAUGAGGGAACUAACAUUAACGAAAUUAGUGAGAACAUUAUACCCCGAUCUCAAGGCUCGAAGAGCCAUUGCUCUGCAAUAGAAAUACCGAAUGUGACUCCUUACCUUGCACAGCCGGAAAAUAAUAUGUCCUCAUUGAUUGAAUCGAAUUCUCAAAUCCCGAUAGGGGGAAUAGGAUCAAUUCCCAUUGUAGCAAGCACAUUGAUGUCACCUUUAUCAGCAUAUAUUUUCCUUACCUUGUUAAUUAUUGCCGUUGUGUGGUUCGUGGUAUUGAGGCGCACGUGGAAUAUAGGUAAGCUCUUUAAGCCAGGAUUCGAAGAAGAGACAGAGUCUCGAAUUUUCAAUUCAUCGCCUAGGCAUGCAAGUGCCAUUGUUCCACAGGCCCGAAAGGGCAACCCUAAAGGGUCAUACGGCCCGCUCCGCAAUGAAAAAGUGAUUGGCUAUGGGAUACGUGGAUCCGAUAACAGGGUGUCUAUUUGA